AUGAAGUACACUGCUUUGCUCGCUGUCGCUGCCGUUGCCGCCGCCGAAUUCAUCCCCCUCCCUGGCCAGGCCGUGGGCUCUGCCGCCUCUGGCUCUGGUGAUGCUUCGCAAGCCGCCACCACUGGCGGCUCCGAAUUUGUCCCCCUCCCCGGGCAAGUUCUCGCUGCCGACAACGGCUCGCAAUCGUCGUCAGCUGCUCCUUCUCAAGCCCCUGAGAAUCACGCCGCCCACUCGUCGAUCCACGAGCUGAAUGUCGACAACCACGGUGCUGCUGCCCCCACUGGCAACGGCACCGCGGCUGCCCCCUCCGUUAGUGUGGCUGAAAACGCCGGAACUAAGUUGCAAGCCGCUGGUGUCGCUGCCGUGGCUGCCGGUGCGUUGUUGUUGUUGUAG